ACAAAAAAGUCUCUCUAGCUAGGUGCUGCUGUCACGGAGCGCCUCGAUCUCCUGUGUGCGCAUACAAAGUUGUAUUCAUCCACCCCUACAACAAGGCAUAUCGCUACCCAAGCGCAGUAGCGAUCAAAGGGUUAAUUCGCAGCACGUCUUAUAAGGGGCCUGACGCAGGCCUGCAUAAAUUCCAGCGGCAAAGAAGACGUGACUAGACGACUUUGGAACAACUCAAUUCCUGAACUGAAUAUCGCAAGUUUGCAACGCUGGCGCAUUACUCCAGCUUCAACACUCACACACUCGGCCGCCACUCCCUGACCACUUUUACACGAAGCCACUGGACAGCGCCGCAACGAUGGAGGAUAAGAUGGAUGCCCUGUUGAGCGAUAGCCCACAGCCAGACGCAGAUCCAGCUUGCAACGGUUGUAAACAGAUCAUUGAAGAGGGCUCGGUCGUGUCCUUUGGCGAUCACAUAUGGCAUGUUGAAUGCUUCCGAUGCGCAAAAUGUAAGACGCUGGUGGAUCACGACUCCAAUUUACUGCUGCUCUCUGACGGCAACCCCAUCUGCGAGAAUUGCUCCUAUAAUUGCCGCGUCUGCAAUAAAAAGAUUGAUGAUUUGGCUAUCAUGACGGGAGACGAAUCGUACCACGCGGAAUGCUUCUGUUGUCGAUCGUGUCAUAAGAGGAUAGAGGAUCUCGUUUUCGCAAAGACCUCGCAAGGCAUUUACUGCAUCCUCUGCCACAAUGAGCGAAUGAACAAGAUCAGAAAGACUGCUAAGCACAACAAGACGAACGACUCGGCUUCACCGAGUAGCUCUCCGGGUGUGCAGACGGCAACAGGAUCCGGCAACGCUUUGCCAAAACGGUCAACCAAGGAUAAGAAUCUGCCUCAGAUUCCAAGGGCGCGACCGGCAGGCAAUACCCUACGGUCAUUCGAUCGUGCACAAGGUCGGACAGAACACGGUAGUUCUACACGGUCUAGUAGGCGUGAAUCAGUCGAGACUGAUCAAGAAGAAGGAACCACCUCUAGCAAUAUGCUCAAGGAGAGCGGCUCUAUCCCAUUGCUUGUUCAGGGCUCGCCUGAACAAAGCAAGCAAGCUACCACAAGAAAUGUGCGGGAUAGCGGCUUCUAUGGCACAACCAGCGCUGGCGACCAACGAGCCUCAGUCCGUGAGCGACGCAAUCAGCAAGAGUUGGAAGUCAAGGUUCCCAAAUCAAUUGAGCAGCUUGAGCAGGCCGUGCAGAAUAAUAUUGCAGCGCGAACAACGUCGCCGCUGAUGAAUGCAGGUCCGUAUGGACCGGUGCAGACGCGCAGAUCACAAGAAACUGAUCAAGAGGAAGGUCUGACAAGGGGCAGUCAGGGCAAGCGAAGCUCUUUGACGAAUCUAUCUACUCGCCCCAGUCAAUUCGACUCAUCUGGCGAACAGACGGAUGCGACGACAUCACGACACGCGCCGCCUGUACCUUCUCGCUCGAGUGAACGAAAUGUCGUCAAUGCAGACGUGAAGCGCGAAGAAUUAAUGGGCAACACACUCAUUUCGGGGCCUUUGCACCUGAGUCCCAAUCCACCGCCACUUUCACCCCUGCCAUUGCGGAACAGCAGUACGGGCAGUCUCCCUGGUGCGAGACGCAACUCGGAAAUUAUUUCGCCUGGCUCCAGUACUGUUACUCUUACGAAAGAUACUUUUUUGCUCCCAAAACGCGAUGCCCCUCAAACGCCUGCUGUUGCCAGUGCAGCGAGCAAAGAUCGACGCGUCUCGAGUCCAACGACUUCAGGUGCUCGCCGGCAUUUAGCCUCAAAGUCACUCGAAAGCUCGCCUCUACUACCUGGGCUUGGCUCACCUGGCAUGACCUUGGAAUCAGAAUUCGCAUCGGCCCUUGGAUUCGGCACGUCGCCAAAUGGUCUUGGUCUAUUUCCACAAUCAGGAGGUACUUUGGCACCUGGAUCGAGUGGGCUCGACCGAAGCAACACGCUGUCUAAGUUUGCCAACAAGGUAUUGCACCGCAAGUCGAUGUCUGGUGGUGCCCUUCCAAAAUCACCUGCACGGACAGCAACUCGCAGCUCCAUCACGCCGGAGGCAUCUAAGGAAGCAGCUCUCGAGGCUGAGCUCCAAGCCGAGCGGAAGAAGGUUGCUGAAUUGGAACUUAAGCUGGCACAGCAAAUAGAGGCGCAUGAGGUCAGUAUGGAGAUUGCUGCACGAAAACGCUCGCUCGCUGCAUUGGAUGCCCAAAUUGUUCAGGUUGAGGCAAAGAAUGACGCUCUGCUUCAACAGCAAUACAAACUGGCGGAUAGAACGGUUCCAUUGUCAGAGUGGCGCAAAUCUGUCGUUGCAGACGUCAAUACAUCCAUCCGGCAUACGCGCGACGAGACCAGUGCUGAGAUUGAGAUUCUCAUUCAGGAACGCAAUGAGCUUCGGCGAGAGAAUGAUGCGCUCACUGCAUAUAAACAGCAGCAAAGUCUCGAAAUGGCCAAUCUGCAACAAAAGCAUCAAGACUUGCAAGAAAUGAAUGAGAAGCUGCUCAAGCAGAUCCAAAGCAAUAUGGCCAACAACAAGUCGAGCAGUAGCUCGUAUCUCCCACUGCCGCAGGUCCCGCAGCCACAAACCCACACGCAGCCACCUUCGCAAGUGCGCGGUCGUAAUGGCAGCGAGGGCUCAUUGAGUGCAAUCGCGUACAGCAACACCGCAUUUGGCGUUCCUCCGUCAACGAGCGAGACGAACAUUUUCAACACUGGUCGGCAGCAAACUCAACAGCCACCAUCUCUGAGCCGCACUGUUUCUCCAGUAAUGCAAAAUCUCUACAUGCCGCGACCUCCUGAGCAUGCGGAUAGUAUGGACACAGUAGCCACAUUCUCAUCCGAGCUCGAUAGCAAGCUUUAUGGCAGUGCCUCCCAAUCUGGCUCAAACCUUGGACUAGGACUCGGCAGCGAUAUGACUACACCAUCAUCAACGCCGCAGCUGGAACGACGCGAUUCUAUCGCUGAAGAAGAGACAGCUGUGGUUGAAAAAGUGGUCAAUCGCGUUUCAGGCGAAGUGACCGAACUAGCGCCUAAGAAAUUUAAGUGGAAGAAGGGUGGCCUGUCAAAGAAGACGUUCCGAUGGGGUGGCAAGAACGGCAGUACCUCUGGUGGCCCUGGCGACCUGACAACGGCGAUCAUCUCACAACCUUAUGAUUCCACUGUCACUUUUCCCUCGGGUAUGACGACUUCCAAGUCUAGCGAUAAGCUUUCACUCAACAGCAACCGGUUGGGUAGCAGUAGCAACAACACGGGCGGCAUGUUCAAGCGCACCUGGGCGUCUCACAACAAUUUGGCCUCACAAUUACGAAGUGGGUCUGCUCAAGAGGGCGAAUUUGGGAAUUACGCAACGCAACCGGCUUCGAAUGGCUCGCUUGCAACCCUUGCGACUACGUCGAGCCCCGGUAGCCUGUUUGGAACUGAUCUCGCCGUACGGGCGAAUCUCGAAGGACGUCCAAUUCCUGGUAUCAUCACAGCGUGUGUCGGUUUUCUUGAGGCGCGAGCACUCGAGCAUGAGGGCUUAUACCGCAAGUCUGGUGGUGCUGGUGCAAUGAAAUCCUUGGUUGAAGCAUUUGAGCAGUCCUCGAGCGACGUCUAUGGCACGCAGUCACCGGUGACAGUGGACUUUGACAAGUUUGACGACAUCAAUGCCAUCACCUCGGUCCUGAAGCAAUAUCUGCGCAAGCUACCCGUGCCCUUGAUUCGCUUUGAAGCAUAUGAGGGAUUUAUUGGCACCUCUGCCAUCCCAGAUCCUGAUAUACGGAUUCGUGCGGUAACAGACGUCCUCAAGGAUUUGCCUGGCGCUCAUUUCGAGACAAUUCGGUUCUUAUUCCGUCAUCUACAGAAAGUGACCUCGCAUGCGGGCAAGAAUCUGAUGACUGCUCGCAACUUGGCUGUUGUGCUGGGUCCGACGGUCAUUUGGGAUCAUUCAGGGGAGAAGGAGAUGCAUGACAUGCAAGCAAAGAAUCAGAGCAUACAGUUCUUGAUUGAGCAGGCUCAUCGGCUCUGAGUGCAUUUUUCGUUCUUUCACGCAUGUCUGCAUUCGGCAUUGUAUUGAAUUCGACUAGGUUGAUACACCACAAGCUCGUACAUUAAAAAGUAUUGUAAUUAAGAUUUCGG